AUGUCUCACAGACAAGCCUGGGAGACCACCGAAGUGAUCAUCUGUGGCUACGGCCCUACGGGAGCGACUCUGUCCGCGUACCUCGGUCGCAUGGGAAUCCGCAACGUCGUUAUCGAGAAAGAGCCCGAAAUCACGACCGACCCGCGAGGAAUCGCCUUGGAUGAUGAUGGCAUUCGCUUGAUCCAGGGUCUGGGUUUGUACGAUUCGAUUCACACGGAAAUUGGAACCAGCAUGGGGGACUUCAUGUUCAUUAGUGGCGCUGAUCACGAUCUACACAAAUCCCCGAUUCUCCACUUGAAUUACAACGAGACGGUUGGUGCCACAGGCCAUGUCGGAUACAUCGGCCAAAACCAGCCCGUGCUCGAGAAGAAGUUGAGAGACGCCCUGACUCCCGCGUAUUGUUCCCUACGAUGCCAAUCCACCAUCGUUGAGGUCAAGGAAGAUGAGGUCUGGACCAUAAUAUGCGUACUCGAUAUUUUGAUGGGUGCAGACGGCAAGACGGGGUACACCCGGAAACAAUAUCUGGAACCCCGGGUGGUCUUGGAGAGGUUCCACGAGUCAGUGGCAUUAAAUUGGAAGAUGACCCUCCCCACGCCCGAAACACAUCCCUGUUUUCCCCUAUGGGACCUGGGUUACAAACCAGAAGAUGUUUACGACUUACUCUUUCCGCCCGAUUUUCGUUUCUUAUGCAACCGAAAGAGACCGGCGAGGUUUGAGUAUCUUAUCCAUCGCAAAGAGAUGAAGCGGAUUGUUCUUCCCUACCUGACGCACAAAGGCAGCCGAUACGGACUGGUUCGAGAUGUAGAAUUCCCUGAAGAUUGCAUCAGCGUCCUUCGUUGCCGCCCUUUCCGAUCCUCAUCUGGUACGUGCAAUGUAUGGGCUAAGAAGAGGGUGAUUCUGUGCGGCGAUGCGGCACAUGUAUUUCCGCCUUUUGGCGGCCAAGGCAUAGUGUCCGGCUUCCGCGAUGCAGUCUCUCUAUCAUGGCGACUCGCCAUGCUCUGCCGAUACCAGUCAUACAAACGCAAUCACGAGAACGUGCUGGCCGCAUGGUAUCUUGAACGCAAGCAGCAACUCGAAGUGUCUCUAGAAAGGACUGUUCGCAAUGGCAAACUGGUCUGCGAAAGGAAUCUGUUGAAAUUCCUCUGGCGCAACUGGUCGCUUUGGCUUCAGCAGCUCUUCUCAAAGUAUCGGGAUCAACUACGACACGGUGGUCGCGAGACCGCCUCUUUUCGACUUGAAUAUUCCAAGGGGAUGCCUUUCAUCCCUAAGCUUAACGGAGGUAUCUACUUGCCCCAGGUAUACUGCCGAACGGCUACCGGCAAAGUCGUCUUCAGUGACGACGCUAUCUUUCGACCCGGGGCCAGAUCUCUAUUUCGCUUGUUCAUUUACUUACGAGAUGGGGGCGAGGUCGCUGCUGCAAGGGACGCUUUGGACGAACUUGAAGAGUUGUCUCGCGGAGAACUCCAUAGCAAAGAGGUCCCUAUCCUAGUGGAGACCAUCAACCCGACGAGCUCUGUUCCGAUGCCGAACGUGUACCGGAUCGCCAGCGCAGAAGAGUUCUCCACCUCACCUUUAUGCAGUCAUCGUCCUGCACCCUUGUCAUAUGAUCCGUAUUCGAUUCGGAAGAGGGUUCCAGGCAGAUAUGUGAUCGUCCGACCGGACCGAUUUGUGUUUGCAGCCUGCGAUGAUGCUACGGAGCUGAAGGAGGCGGUGGAGUCGAUGCUGGGAUAUCUGUACGGGGAGGUUUGAUGACGGAGAGUGGUGCCAGCACGAACUGUCUGACCAUCUUAUGGAUAUUCUUACUCAGUACAUCUCAUUGAUAUCCCUCAAUCCAUAUUCCGUAGGAUCAGUCUUCGGCGGAACCCAAGACUCAGCCUUUUUGUUCAGAAGCAGCGGUCAAAACCCGCCCGCAAGCCAAAUUAUCACACUAGGUACCUAGAGGUAGUCACGGGUAUUACGGUAGUCACGUACUAGCCUAGACAUUGCCCAAUCACAGCUCUUUCUGACUCAAACACUCAUCUAUUGUUGGCCGGAAUCACACCAGUCACGCCCGGGAUGAUUGUCUCGGGAUUCGUCGGUCGCAAGCGGGUCCACCCCUGACUACCCCCUGACUCAGCGGGAACUCUCACUUCCCCUGCAAUCAGGCAACCGUUCCU